AUGGAUUUUUUCCAUUUGCCCGACGCGGAAUUAAAAUCUGCUGAUGAUUUCAUCAGUCACGUAUCCUCUAACUUCUCCAUGAGCAAAGAUGAAUGGCGGCGGAAGUUUUGCGAUGCAUGUGUUGGCGGACAGGUGGAUUCCGUCGUCUUCAAGGGUGUCCUAGAUAUUUUCCGUUAUGAUUGUUUUUCGGCGGAUAGAUUCCGAAUGAAAAAAGCGAAAAUGCUUUUUCUUACGAAGCUUUUCGAGUUUUUGAUUGCUGGCGAUUCUGGCAUCCAGAAUCUCGGCAGAAAACUGAAAGAAUAUGAUUACUCAGCUCGUUGCAGUUUGGUUUGGACCAUCAAUUACUUUGCAUAUAGAUGCCGAACUUGUGGCAUCUCGCCCAGUAUGUCUUUGUGUAGUUCUUGCUUCAUGGCCGGCAACCAUGUUGGGCAUGAUUUCAAUAAGUUCAAGAGUCUCGCCGGUGGUGCGUGCGAUUGUGGCGACUCAAACGUCAUGCUCCCAUCCGGUUAUUGCCGGUACCACGGUCCAGACAAGGUGCAUAAUCGCCCCUCUCCACCUGAGGAACUUGUGGCACCGCUCCGCUCACUUCUACCCCGCUUUUUACCGGCCCUGCUGUAUUGGUUCUGGGAACUUUGCAGCAGUACCGAUCCAACAACUCUGACAGACGAAGUUGCACCGGCUCUGUUUGUACUUCACGUCCUUCAUGCUUGCGGUUGGGUCACGCAGAAGAUGAUUGCUGAUGUUCUGAUUGAUCGAACAGUGUUUGAACAGCUGAAGAUUGACUGCGAAAACGAAUUAGCCUACAAAGACUAUGUUCUGAGCGUUGGCACUAAUCCCGGCUUUCACUUACCGGCGUGCAUUGCCAAACAAGAUCUCGCCCACCGUCACCUGUUGGACGCCUUCAUCUACUGUACAAUUAAACUUAGAUUCCCGGAGAGUCUUGUGACCUUUCUCAUCGGUCUUUUGGCUGUCGAAGAAUUCAAGGAAGAAUUUGUUCAAUCUUAUCUCAACCACUACACUCGGAUCGCCUCGACCGUCAUGAUCUCUGCACGGACUCGGAUGGUUACCGACUGGUCCUUGCAAAUGAACAACCGAAUUGUACACAUUUCUGUUCAGCUUUUCAGCGGAGAAGGAUUAGCACUCCGUAUGGUUCGGGAGCGUCAUCUACACUUGCUGUUGGUCCAUUGCCUGCUCAAUAUGUGCGAGUGCUGCCGUACCCGUUUGGAUGAUCAUAGCAACAUGGUUGUGAAUUGUGAGGGACCACUUAUACAGAACAAUGUUUUUUGGCCGUUCGUGUCAGAUUUGAGCAACCUCGUGUCACACAAGUCAAUUGUGGAUGUUUUUGUCACGGACCCGGAGUUCUUGAACGCAUGGACGAAGGUUCUCCGGUAUAUGCAAUUUAUGAAUUGUUUUGUUCUCAAAGAAGGCGAUCACAUAGAAUAUGAAACAAUGGCUUUCUAUCACGCCUUCACCAUGGAGAUCGAGAUUAGCGCCAAUCCAAUGUGGAACAUUUGGCAGCAUUACCGCCACCCGUCAGAACGAGAACGAUGUUUGUCGUAUGCUAAUGCUUGCCUCUCAAGUCUGGCCAAUCUCCUUGGAGGUCUUGGACGUCUCGUUUCCCCCACAAUACAACCCAAUCAUCCAUCGCGUUCCCCACUCAGUCUCCACUUGCCGCUGAUGCGCCACGCCUCCUGCUUUCUAAGUUUGUCAGUUGUACAACAUGGGAUGGAUUUGAGACAGCUGUUGGCGGAAUAUCUUACCCCAAAACCCUUCCUCUUGUGGCGCUUCAUGGAUGAGUUGGCUAAUACCUUGCUCGGAUGUCAUGAGGUGAUUGUUGGUUAUUGGAUUCGUAAUGGUCAAGCCCUGCGACAGUCUAUUACACACUACAUGCAGAGUCAAUUUUGCUAUUCGUUUAUUGAUCUGGAUAUUUUUGCCUUUCAAGUUUGUGCCACUCUCCUACCUCCGGCCUAUGUGUUGAAUACUCUCUUGGAUCCCACUAGACUUCUUCGGGGCAUUCAUUUUUAUGAUGAGUUGCUCAGUUUGGUUGCACCUGCGGAGCCCCGCGCAAUGGACCGUAAGCCUAUGGCUUUGGAGGCCUGGCUGACUAAUCUAUGUUGGAUCCUGGAUCUCCGCAACAACAUAUGUUUAACAGAAGACGAGUUAGUGAAGAAAGAGCUGCUCUGUGUACUUACACCGGAGCCUCGCAAACGAAGCGAUUUGGCCAGUCUGAUUCCCGAACGAUGUGGCAUUAACGGAUCGAACAAAAAUAUUGAUGCGAUGCUCAAGAAGGUGGCAACGUACUCCGGUCCAUCCUGUGAUGAGGCUUCGGGCAGUCUUAUCAGUGGUCACUAUUACCUACGCCCCAGCCUCUGGCACACCGAUUUCGACCCGAUUUUCUAUUCGUUACGGGUUACUAGCCGACGUGAAACUUCGAUCGCAAUGGAUAAGUAUCGAGAGCACUGUCGCCAGCGCCAUGGAGUCUCCAACCCGUCUAGCCUCUGGCCACCCUAUCGAACGCCCAAACCACUACCUCCUAAUUUCUUGGGUUUGGAUCACAUACUCCACAGCAGACACCUGCAUUUCCUCCUCUUCAUCCAACUUUGUCUGUAUGUCUAUGGUGAUCCACUUGUGACGGAAGAAAGUUUGGGCCUCAUUAUUCACCUGUUAGACCGUGCCCUCAACACACCUUGUCGGAGAGACCUCAAAGGGCAAAAGUGCUCUGUCCCUGUUCGGCCUGAGUUGAUGCAGGUGGACCAGCCAGAGCAGCAAACAGACCAGUACAUGCGUGCUAAGGCGGACGAUGAGCUUAUGGAAUGUGCAGACUCGUUGCACGAUAUGCUCGAUGAUGAUCAAAUCUCUGACGUUUUGGCCGGGCCGAUGCGAACGUCAGAUUAUGAUAGUGAUGAUGAACAUGACAGUGCCUUAGAUGCGCUUAUGCGAUUGGUCAGAGAUGAAAUGAAGGAAUCUUGCAGCCCAUCAACAUCGGUGUCAGAGGGACCUUCUGCAUUUCGGCCAACAGCUACUUCCAAAAAAUCUUUCCUGCCACGUUGGGAUCCCAGUUUGUUCAAGUGUCCUUACCCUCCUCGGAGCAGCCUGCAGGACAAUUUGGGUUGCUGGUUGAUUGUCGAACAGUUUCCUAGUCCGCAUAUCUCGCUGGCUCCGACGGUACUUGCGACUCAAUUGAAACGGAGUCCAAACGUUGAACCUGUAAUUAGUGUGAUCCCCUCAGUCUCAUCAUCGAUCACAGACAACAAUUCUGGUGUGCUCGUGGACAAUAUUUUGACGUUGCUAAUCAAAGCGCAUGCCCGUCUUUAUUGGAGUCGUGUUUCCGGCUCUUCGGAUGCAGUCCCAAAAAUACUUAUUGGGAAUUCGUUCGUCGACCCCAAUACCCUAGCGCCAACUCCCUCCGGAACCACUGGACCCUCAAUAACGGAUGACAUCGUGAUACUAGACCAGGUCCAAGUCAACAACUUUCUAUUUAACCUCUCCCACUCCCCUGAGGAGGAUGAAGCCGAUGUAGUUAACGGUAAAACACUGCCGACCACCUCAGCCCAUCCUCGUUGUACUGCUGUCCUUGGUGGGCACAACAAUGUUAUGCAGGUGACUGCCGUUUUCGGUAGUUCGAACAAUAUGGCGAGUGGAGAAGAGGAAGCACGUCAGUCUGCUGUGAGACUCACACGCAGUAACCUCACGGCAGAAAACCUGGCUAAGUUGGCACCAGAGUUGCGCUAUUUUGCUGCUGGACCCCCUGCUUAUCUGACAGCCGAUGAGAAGCCUCCCCCGAAACCGAACACAAUGGAGUCCUCCACUCUUGCUCCCGGUGAGACCGGCCUUCCCUGUCCAGACUUCAAUGACGUAUGCUUUGCUGAAUUUGAAAAGAGGCAGUUGGAAGAGGAACACCAGUGUGCGGACUUCGGUGAUGGCGCUUUCUGGAUCGAACGACUGUUGGAUAAAAUUGCAAGGAUCUCGCAGGGCAAUGAUGCAGCUAUUCGUCUUUAUCUAACGCGAGCUCGUCGGCCAUUCGACCCAACCGUUCGGGUUCUUCGGCUUCAGCCAAUGGACUCGUUUUCAUCUUCAACAAAAAAUGACAUCCACGACGAGACAGUUGGACCGUUAACAGCAGCCAUUAUUUCUGCUGAGUCUGAUGCUUCUUUGUUGAAAACCACAGUAUCUAUUAAUGACAGCAAAGCUUCGGUUCCUCCAAGCUCACCUAGUCGGACUACGCCUACACCCGGUGCUGUGACUGCAACGCGUGAAGAACGCAAAACGGCUGCUCUAGAGCGUCGCCAUCGGUUGAUGCAACAGAUGGCUUCCAAGCAGCGAGCUUUCGCACAAGCGCAUCUGAAGGAAAUGGAGUUAAUAAGUCAGCCAACGGAUCAGAGCCAGGCUGUGAUGGAUAAUGCAGCAAAAACGUACGAAUGUGUCAUUUGUCAGACGUCGGGUACGGUUGCUACGGAUGACUUGGUUUUGCUGGACAUGAUGUGUGAAUCCGGAACAUCCCUGCACAUACGCGAAACACCUUUACUGCCCGAACUUCACAGCAAUCACCAACUGCAAGCCUCUGGACUAUCUGCUGAACGUUUGCUUGGACCAGACUCUUCUUGGCUAGUCCCAACCAGACCUCCAGAUAAUUUGGCUGAACCAAUGUCCGGCCUAUUGUCUUCAACCCGGUCAGACUUACCACCUGCAAGCAGCAGCAGCCAGGCGCCAACAGGAACUGUUGGUGUCUCCGUAUUGUCUACCACGUUUGAACCUGAUGGGUCCACACAAAACCCUUGGCAACAGUCGAUUUCCCCCGCUGGUACACCUUCCUUGCAAAUUUCAACAUCCGUCCCUCCCUCCCCAUCACCUAGUCACUGGCUACCUUCUGUGGUAGGCCCUACGACGUUACAGUCCCCUGCACCUCCUGCCUCUACUGGAGUAGGUGCUCUGGGUGCCAUGUCCACUGCCACUUGCACUGCUCCACCUUGUUAUGUGGAAGCGCGACGUUGGUGGAGCUUAGCCUUACCUGCAGUGAUUGGAAAGAACCUUCCACUCCUACGACCUGGCCUCAUCCUACAGACUUGUGGUCAUGUGGUUCACCGAGAGUGCUUCCAGCGAUAUCGAUCUCAAAGCGCCACCCGAACCCGUUUCAGUGGAAAUCGCACAUGGAUUUCCUGUCCGCUAUGCCGACGGGAUGUACACCAUUUGUUGCCGCUUGUUUCCGCGCCCCGUAUAGACAAAGACAAGCUCCUCAAUUCGCGUACUCCAGAUGAGCACAUUACGACCCUCGAAAACUCGCUUUUGAAUUUAGAAGCUGAAGGACGGAGCAUUUGGGAAGAUCUCAACGGAGCGGAAGACGAAACUACUGUCCAGCGUCGCACCCUGAUGUCCCAACUUCUUGGAGAGCAAUUCGAAGCAACUAUCUUGCUCAGAUCUCAACUAGAGUGUGAGCUCUCCGUUCUAAUGAGUUGUCCUUCGCAAUAUUCAAUCGUCUCACGUCGUUGUUCGUGGCGUGAAUUCCUCUCCUACCUUCGACAAAUUUACAGGCGCUCCACAGACAUGCAGGCUGUUCUUCGUUCUUUGACCUCGACAACAGUUCCACAUUUAAAUGAUUCCGAAUCUGGCAUACCUCCAGUACCCAUCUUUGCUCUCUGUCAAGAUCCCGCAGACAUUCUUCUCACCCUGUUACCUCACGUUUGGCCGCGUGAAGACAUGUUCCUCACUCUGGUAGCUGCAACAUUCUCCUUGGCGUAUAUUCGCGCUCUAAUUAGUGCGCUGCUGAAUACUUCCGGUCUCGCGAACACCUCUGAUGUUUCAUUCGAGGCACAAUUGACGACAGCCGAGGUUUUCGCUUCCAAACUGUCUAGUCCAGUUGCGGAACAUGGACAGCAUAUCUUACGACAUAUGCGGAGUAUACAGUCUCUCAUCGCGUCCGAGGACCGGGAUGCGAACGAAGUGAACGAAUCGGUGAAACGUCAGUUUGUCCUUCGGAACGCUGCUAGACUACCAGAAGUCGGUGGUAGUGUGAUCACCCUGGACCAGGCGCAGUUUGAAUUACAUGUGGUGUUGAGAAUGCUACCUUUCUUGCGUUUAGCUGGACUAUGUCGAGCUCGUUGGCAGUCUAUCGAUGACGACCAAAAACCUCAUGAUCGCCGUUCAUCACAGCUACUCCCUACAGGUUUGCCGUUCGUCAACCAGCUAUCAACACAUUUAGGUGAAGCGCCCGGAUCUCCCCAAUCAUCGACAGCUGCGACGACUCCCCCAUACCCUCAAAUAUCCGCUGAACAACGUCUGCUGGAAUUCAGUGACCUUUGUCGUCUUCUAACCCUCGACUGCGGAGACACGGCCGUAAUCAGUGUAUCAGUUGUUGCUGAACUUGCCUCAUCCCGUUCUGGUCUUACGUUACCCACUACCUCUAACCCAUUGUACAUCUUGAUGGAUCGGUGGUUUGGUCAGUUCUCCGGCCCUCUGGAUUCCGAUGUACUGACCGAGGUUUCAUCUCCUACCGAGUUGGUUCGCACCAGUGGCAUCGAGAUGUUGAAACCAGUAAUCGUGACCAGCACAUGUAGAACGGCUAACCGGAACCUAGUGUGGGCACGAAACCUCCGGGCUACGGUUGAAAUCGGUCGACAACUGUACUCACCUCGGCUCAUCCGUACACCCUAUUGUUUUGACGUUCUGUUCAACGCUUUGCAUUUGGUCAACUGCGAUGCUGUGCAGCACAGAUUCCAGGAGAACGCCCUCUGCCUGAUUUGCGGCCGGCUCCUCUGCACCCUAUGCACCAACCUUUCUACUGUCAUGGUCGAACACGCCUAUUCGUGCGAAGGGUUCGCGGGUGUUGUGCUUGAAGUCAACACUUCUAUCGUCUACGUCUCACUUGGGCCAAACUUCUGUGAUUGGGGCUCGGUCUACCUCGAUGCGUAUGGUGAGGAAGAUCUUGAACUUAAGCGCGGGAAACCCUUGUUUCUCAAUCAAGAACGUUUCGCUCUCCUGGAAAAUCAAUGGCUUUCACAUUCUUUCAGGCACGUGCUCAAGCAUUGGCGCGCUGUGUGAAUACAUGGCUCCGUUCCACCCAUCUAGCAACAUGGGAUAUGGGCCCACUGGGAUAAACCAGAAUGUUCCUUUUUGGCCAACACGCAUGUGAAGGAUCCAGUCGCUGUGUUGCGUUGCCAUGUGCGUUUACGUACAUGCUACCUCCAAAUCUGUUUCCACAUCAUCGGCACCGUUACAUUGACACCACGUUUACCAUCCGGUUUCUGUGUGGCAUACUUGCAAUUCGCUGUCACACAACCACUUUUUGACGCUGUGAUCCUGGACGCAUGAACUGGCUGCUCUGCGAUACGCUUCUCACAUUAUCUCACAGAUUGCUAUUUGUCACCACGUACGUUACGACCAGCUAGAAUGCUUAUUGCUUCGUACGAUCGUACUUUACCGUUUUUACCCUCUAUCCCCUCAUUCGAGAACAGCACAUUCAUUUCUUCCUCGUUUAUUGAUUCUGCUUGCAUAAUUAUGUUGAUUUCCUGUCCUUGGACGACCGACACCAGUUUGACUGCGAAUUCCGCAGUCCCAUUGUUUGUUUCUUGCUUAGCCUUUAUUGCCUUCUAAGGCAUCCAGACUGUGAAUAGCAGCUUCUUUUACCCAUAAACCAGAUCGAUGCUGCUUUUUCCGAUAAUC